AUGAGUUCACAAAACCUCGACCUAGAACAUCAACACGUCCGUUAUGAUCGCCUAAAGCGAGUCUUAGAGAAAGCUGUUGACCAGACAGUGAAACGGCUGAUGGAUUCGGAGCAGGUAGCAUCUUGUUUCCCCCAGAUAUCUCAAGUGGAAGGUGGAGAAGCAAUACUCGAGCUUGCCAGGAAGCAGGUAGCAAGUUAUUUUCGGUCUACCAGUCUCAGCCAAUUUGAGCAUAUUUGCCAGGAACGUAACGUCGAACUGCGGCUCAAUGCCUUGGAUGAUAUCGUCAUAGAUGCACGGAAAAGAAAAGAGCAGAAUUCUGGCAUGCAAUUACACAUUGAUCGACUUUCUGCGGACGAGUUGAUGGAUGCGGCGGUAGUCCAGCCGAAAUUGGAUGCAAUUGCCAAGUUGCAGCUGAUCUAUGACCAGCUAUGCAUUGACAAUGUGGAAUUGUACGAGGACCUUCUACAGCAGGCUACUGAAUGUGACGAGCUAAAAUCCUCGGUGGUGGCUCUGGUUGAUGCUCUUCAGAGCGGCAUCGAUGAAGUGAAAAGGUUAGAUUUCGAAGCAAACUUCGCUAAGCUCACGGAAGAGGUAUUUGGAGAUACUUCGUAA